ACUUGCAGUUGAACGUUUAUGCAAACGCUUAUUAUUGAAGCCUAUCCCUCAAACUUAUUUCGUAUUAAACCCAUCGACUCCUCAUUGAUUCUUGCUCACAGUCAGAAACUAUCUCCUCUCUUUCUCUCUGGCACACAAACCAAAGAUCACUAAGACAUCAAAUCCACAACAUGGGAACACUCGUUGGACAUGUUUUACCAGGUCUUGCUUUCUUAGCACUUGGCUUAUGGCACUUAUUCAACAACAUAAAGCUCUUUUGUCUUCGUCCAAACAUAUUCUAUUCAUCUAUAUGGUUCCCAGUAUCAAAGAUCAGGUACUUAGAGCUCUACUUCAUCAUGUUCUCUUCAUCAGCUUCCAUAUCAAUGGAGCUCUUCGUUGGACCUACAAAGCACCAGCCCUUUGACUCAGAUGGCACCAUCCCAUCAAACCACCUCCACAACUUUGAACAUUCUUUUAUCUCCAUGUCCUUCUUGGUUUAUGCUGUUUUAGCACUAGUGCUUGACCGAGCACGACCUAGAGCAGCGGCUUCUGAGGGGCUAACCAUCCUAGCUGCAGCCGCUGCCUUCAGUCAGGAGCUACUUCUUUUCCAUUUUCACUCUACCGACCACGUGGGUUUUGAGGGACAGUACCAUUUGAUCCUCCAACUCAUUAUCUUUGUCUCUCUCCUCACCACUCUCAUGGGUGUUGCCUUGCCCAAGAGCUUUUUGGUGAGCCUUGUGAGAUCUUCAAGUAUAGUUUUUCAAGGAGUGUGGUUUAUAUUUUUGGGUUGCAUGCUUUACACACCAAGUUUGAUCCCUAAAGGAUGUUUUAUUUACGUUGAAGAUGGGCACCAACUGGUCAAUUGUUCAACCCAAGAAGCUCUUCACAGAGCUAAAGCGUUGGUCAACCUCGAAUUCAGUUGCUUAUUCGUUAUAAACACAAUAUGUGUUGUGACACUAUUUUUGAUUAUGGAUCGAAACUACGGUGGAAACAUAGAGUAUUCUAGUCUAACCACCAAUUAUCAAAGAGGUCAAUAUGAUGAAGAGCAACAACACUUCGAGACUCAGAAAAUGAGUUUUGUCCAGAUGGGUAAACUUGUUGAUCAUGAAGAUAAAAUGUGAGAAACUUUCUUAGUGAUGAUCGGUUAUGUCAUGAGAUACAAAAAAUGUUUAUUCUAGAUAAUAAAGUCUAUUUUACCAACUCAAUUCAAAUUGUUAUUAAUGUUUUCAUGUUUUAAUGUUUGUUGUAAUAAAAGGAAGUUCUCCAAACUA